CCGGGUCGCGGUGAGUGUCGCUUCCGGAGCAGCAUGGCGGCCACAGAAGAUGAGAGGCUGGCGAGCGGAGAGGGAGAGCGGCUGGAUUUCCUGCGGGACAGGCACGUGCGGUUCUUCCAGCGCUGCCUCCAAGUCUUGCCGGAGCGCUAUUCUUCCCUGGAGACCAGCAGGUUGACAAUUGCGUUCUUUGCCCUCUCAGGCCUGGACAUGUUGGAUUCCUUAGAUGUGGUGAACAAAGAUGAUAUAAUAGAAUGGAUUUAUUCCUUGCAGGUUCUUCCCACAGAAGACAGGUCAAAUCUAAGUCGCUGUGGUUUCCGAGGCUCUUCAUACCUGGGUAUUCCAUUCAAUCCAUCAAAGAGCCCUGGAACAGCUCAUCCGUAUGACAGUGGACACAUAGCAAUGACCUACACUGGCCUUUCAUGUUUAAUUAUUCUUGGAGAUGACUUAAGCCGAGUAGAUAAAGAAGCUUGCUUAGCAGGCUUGAGAGCACUGCAGCUUGAAGAUGGGAGUUUCUGUGCUGUCCCUGAAGGCAGUGAGAAUGACAUGAGGUUUGUGUACUGCGCUUCCUGUAUCUGCUACAUGCUCAACAACUGGUCAGGCAUGGAUAUGAAGAAAGCGAUCAGCUACAUUAGGAGGAGUAUGUCUUAUGACAAUGGGCUGGCACAGGGAGCAGGACUUGAAUCUCAUGGAGGCUCAACCUUUUGUGGCAUUGCAUCACUGUGCCUGAUGGGUAAACUGGAAGAAGUUUUUUCAGAAAAAGAACUAAACAGGAUAAAGAGGUGGUGUAUAAUGAGGCAGCAGAAUGGAUACCAUGGAAGACCUAAUAAGCCUGUUGACACCUGUUACUCCUUCUGGGUGGGAGCAACUCUAAAGCUUCUGAAAAUUUUCCAGUAUACUAACUUUGAAAAGAAUAGGAAUUACAUCUUAUCAACUCAAGAUCGCCUGGUGGGAGGAUUUGCCAAAUGGCCAGACAGUCACCCAGACGCUUUGCAUGCAUACUUCGGGAUCUGCGGCCUGUCACUAAUGGAGGAGAGUGGAAUCUGUAAGGUUCAUCCUGCUCUGAAUGUAAGCACACGAACUUCUGAGCGCCUUCAAGAUCUCCAUCAAAGCUGGAAGACCAAGGACUCUAAAGAGUGCUCAGAGAAUGUCCAUAUUUCCACUUGACUGACCCUGGGUCAUGGGUUUGUAGCAUAACUGUAGCUCAAGGUUAAAAGCCAUGUGUAACCAAGUGUGCUCUUUUUUAAGGGGUAGUCUUAAGUCAAAGCUUGUACUGCUAAGAGUGCAGGAUGUGGUCUUGAUCCAGUAACUACUGUACUGGGUUUCAAGACCUCCGCAGGACUCUGUUGUGGCUCUUAAGUGUUUAUACUGUGUUUCUGAGAAGUAUCUUGGGGGAGAUCUGCUAUAUGUAUGUAUGUGUGUUAUCUUCUUAAAACCCUUCAGUACAAGUUCUGACUUACAAAAUGGACAUAAAUCUUCAAGUUUACACUUCAUAUGGCAUUGAUAAUCUUGAGGUGAGCAUUUAGUGAUCACUUAAAAAUGUCUACUGCUGAUGGUAAGAAAUUUGCUUUAUUCAAUUAAGUAUCUGGAUUAUUCUUUAAAAAUUGAUGCUCUUAUAAUUUUCUUCAAGAAUAACAUAUUUUGUGUUAUUCUUAAGAUGUGCCAACUAGACUUGUGUAACCUAAAUGGAUGAAAUUAAAAGUUCAUAGUAAGGAAAAAAUAGGCUUAACUAAUACUAUAGUUUUCUACGGAGAGAGUACUACAUAACUGAGGGAGAAGUGAUUGAACUGUGAAAUUAUGAAUGAGAAGGUUCUGUGUUGUGUGUCUUUGUUAGACGUUCCUUGGAUGAGUACCUGUUCUGUUUUGUUUUAAUCCCAAAUCACUGGCUACUUUUUCUCUGGGGCAAGGGAGGAAAUAAUCUUGGCUAUUUAGAAACAAAGUCAUUCGAUGUUCUAUUCUUCUGAGGUUCAUGACACUGUAAAUUAUACUUGUAUAGUUCUUUUUAGUUGCUUGGCUGUUUUAUUUUCUUCUUUUCUUUUUCAGUAUGUUAUAGCCACAAUAGUUAGCUGUUUUAUCUCUCAUUUACCAGGUUGAGCAUCUUUAAUCCAAAAUUCAAUAUCUGGCCAGGUAUAGUGAGGCAUAUGCCUUUAACUCAGCACUCAGGAGGCAGAGGCAAGCAGAACUCUCUGAGUUCAAGGGCAGCUAGUACUAUAUAGUGAGACCUUGUCGUCCCCCGCCCCCCAGAAAAAAACAGCAGCAACAAAAAUAAUAAAAAUCCAUUAUCUGAAAUGGUCCAGAAUCUAAAUUUUUUGACUGUCAGUGUGACUCAGUUGGAAAAUUCCACCACUUCAUACAGCAGGUCUCAGAUGAAUUUCAGGGACACGGUAAAUAGUGUGUAAAGCUGCUUGAAACUACUGAGUAAAAGGUAUGAAAUAAAUGCAUUCUGUGGUCAGGCGCGGAUCCCAUCCGCAAGGUAAAGUGUAUAUGUAAGUGGUCCAAAAUCUGAAAACAGAAUCUAAAAUCUGAAACAUUACUUUUAGUUCCAUGCAUUCUGGAUAAUGAUACUCAGCCUGGAAAUGAUUUUCUAAUGUUUUUAAGUUUGAUAAGUUUUUAACUACAAACAGAACCACGGAAGUAUACAUAAUCAUUUCUAUUUUUCUAUUUUUGACUAAGUAGGAAGAAAAUAUAUCCAUCUAGAGGGGAUAAACUAUGGUUUCCCUUAUUCAUUGUCUUAAUUCUGUGAACUAACAGCCAAAAGAAGUUGGUGUAAAAUUUUUCGUUAGCAAUCAGCUCGUCAUUUAAUCACAUCCAUGACUUGGUGACAAGAGGGAAAUUUCUUCACUAGAGGAAAUGGAUGUGUUGGUCUUGCUAAUAAUAAAAGUUAUAUCAUUAAUCUACAGACAUCAUUGUAAACGCUAAAUUAUUAGUGUUUCUGGGUAGAUAAUAACAUCUUCAUUAUUAACUAAAGAGACAUUUCCUAAAUAAAAAUAUUUCUAAAGGGAAACCUGGCAUAUGAUUAAAAAUAAUACAUCACUUAUUGGCAUGCUUACUUUUAGAAUUGAGUUUGCAAAGUUCAUUAAAACAGUGUUGGGAGUCUAUCUCAUGGCCCUGAUUCCCUGGCUUUGAUCCUUGACCCCAAAACUAACAAACCAACCAAAUCCUCUUUAUAAAUCAGUCUUCCAGUGGUGGAGAGAAAAGCUUUACCAACAAACGUUAUCAUCCCAUGAAUUGUUCCAGUUGUUUCUGUUUAAAUCCAAGCAAAUAACAGCAAUCCUGUCUCAAACUGAGUUAUCUCUUAGACGUUAAGAACUGAAACAGCGGUAUGGAAAUGCUCUAGGUGUACAGCAGAAGCCAAUGUUUUCCCUGAGUUACUGUCAGUUAUAGAAGGUAAGAAAAUUGGUUAUUAAUAAGUAGAAGAUUUAUAACAUAAAAGUAAUUUAUAUUUUCAAACUCCUUGAGUAAUUUAUUGGCAAAGGAAUAUUAAUGGCAGAAUAAUUCUAAUAUACUCUAAGAGGCAAGGUUCUAUGUGAUACUUUAUGGACCAGUGAAUGUUCGUGUUUCAUAGAAACAUAUCAACCAAAAAGUGUUGAGUUGUUUUGAAGUACGGAAAAACUAUUUCUAGCUUUUCCUAAAUAGUUGUGUCUAAGAAAAUAUUUAUUAAUAAAGUAAAUUCCAAGCACUGUUUUA